AUGUCGUCUUUUCUCGACCAGUACGACCCACUCGACGUUAUAGGCAACGGCUCCUUUGGCAUUAUUCGAAAAGUACGCCGGAAAAGCGAUGGACUCAUCUUUGCGCGGAAAGAGUUGAAUUUCGAAAGAAUGAGCGACAGGGAUAGAAAACAAAUUGUAUCAGAAGUAAACAUCCUCAAAGACUUACACCACGACCACAUUGUACGAUAUCACGACCGUUACGUUGACCGAGACGCUGGUAUUCUCUACAUCCUCAUGGAGUACUGCGGUGGUGGAGACUUGUCCGCCAUCAUCAAACAAGCAAUGAAGCAAAAUCGUCCCAUCUCAGAGGACGUCAUUUGGAACUAUUUCAUGCAAAUCCUCCUCGCGCUGCACCAUUGCCACCAUCCCAACGGCCAUGGGAGGAGCUCAAGUGGCUCCGGCGCAACUGGAAUUCUACAUAGGGAUCUCAAGCCUGACAACGUCUUCCUUGAUGAAAACAAUUGUGUAAAGCUCGGCGACUUCGGUUUAUCAAAAGCUUUAGCUCAAGCGAGCUUCGCCAACACAUACGUUGGCACCCCUUAUUAUAUGUCACCGGAACUUAUGCAAGAGAAGGCUUACGACUCGAAAUCGGACAUCUGGUCCCUCGGCUGUCUAAUUUACGAACUAUGUGCGCUCAAGCCGCCAUUUCACGAAGCGAAAACACACUCCGAACUCAGUAUUCUUAUUAGAAAUGGGCGCAUUCCACCUCUCCCUCGAGGUUAUUCCCAAGCACUGUUUGGGGUUAUCAAGGCGAUGUUAAAUUUAAACCCUGCCAUGCGCCCAUCUGCUGCUCAACUUCUCCAACAUGAGCGUCUCGAACUGGUCUUCAAGGAAGAGGUCGCGUCGGCCAUGUCAAAACGGGAGGAAGAAAUCAUGGAGGCCGUCAGGCGUCGCGAAACCGAAGUCUGCGAGGCUUGGGUAGCACGGGAGUCAGAAAUUAGAAAGGAAGUGGAACAGAGCAUAAAAGCCGUUGAGGAGCGUAUUGAGUGGAUUGCGAAGAGGGAAGACGAGUUGAAAAUCGAGGAA